CGACAGGCGCCGACACUGUCACAUGGUGUCAUAACCUUCAGCGCGUGGCGCGUUUAGUAAACAAUCUCUCCCGCGUGCGAGUAUAUUUGUUAUUUCGUUCGCGAUGUACGAGGCGCACAGCAUCAAUGCGGAGCACAAGGAUCUCAUACACGAUAUCGCCUACGAUUACUAUGGGGAACGAAUGGCGACGUGUUCCAGUGAUCAAUUUGUGAAGGUUUGGGAUGAAGACGAGCAUGGAAACUGGCAUCUAACUGCUUCUUGGAAGGCCCACAGUGGAUCGGUAUGGAAGGUCACGUGGGCACACCCAGAAUUUGGUCAGGUUCUCGCUACAUGUUCAUUCGAUCGCACCGCUGCUGUUUGGGAGGAAAUUGUUGGUGAAGGUUCUGGGCCAGAAGCACGUGGCAGCAAGCAUUGGAUUAAAAGAACCAACUUAGUUGACUCACGUACCUCUGUCACAGAUGUAAAGUUUGCACCAAAGACUUUGGGUCUUCUACUGGCCACUUGUAGCGCAGAUGGAUUCAUUCGGAUAUACGAAGCACCAGAUAUCAUGAAUCUAAGUCAGUGGACGUUACAGCACGACAUCAACUGUAAACUUUCGUGUAGUUGUCUCUCGUGGAAUCCAUCUCUCUCGAGAUUACAUCCGCCUAUGAUAGCAGUCGGUAGCGACGAUCCAAAUCCUACGCUUGGGGCAAAAAUCUUUAUUUACGAAUAUUCUGAGAAUAGCAGACGUUGGAUGAAGGCCGAGACGCUGUCGAGCAUCACGGAUGCCGUUUACGACAUUGCGUUUGCUCCGAAUCUAGGCAGAAAUUUCCACACAUUGGCCAUAGCUACGAAGGACGUACGGAUAGUCACUUUAAAACCGACGGAUGAGAGCACCCAGACCGGUGUGUCGCAUUUCGAAACGAACGUAGUUGCGCAGUUCGACGAUCAUUACUGCACCGUCUGGCGUGUCAGCUGGAACUGCAUGGGCACGAUCUUAGCGAGUUCCGGCGACGAUGGCUGUGUUCGAUUGUGGAAGGACAAUUUCAUUAACCACUGGAAAUGCAUCUCUGUCCUCAAGGGGGACGGGGUUCCGGCUCAGGGUGCAGAAACCCCUGUCGUGGCGACUCCGCCGAGCUCGUCCACGCCAGCUCAACAGAUGCCGUCUACCACCAGGACUGUAAGCAUAGCCACGGUCACGUCGGAGAAGCCGACCGCAACCGUUGUGUGCAGUAACAAGUGGCAAGCGCCCGUUAUAAAAGGACGCUUUAGUAAAUCCGUGUGGCUGGGUAAUCCUAGCGAGCCGACGCCGCCGUUGCUGCCGAUUGUAGCAAAGAAAUAAUUGGAAUCCUCUCGUGAUCUAGCAAUUUGUGAUUUAGUAUUAUUUAGAAUAAGGCGCGAUAACGCGAAUGUCGAUAUUGAUUUUAAUUUCAUUUCGAUUCUGAUAAGCAGAUAUACUUUCGUGCGGAAAUAAAACGCAAAAAUUUUUUUUUUAUUGCAUGUCACAAUGUCUCACAAAUUAGUUUUUCAUAGCGAUUUUUUGAUAUCAUCAAUAUCGACUGUUUACAUGGAUCUCUGAUUUGCGAAAGCAAUCUAUCAUUACGUGUAAAAGUUUCUGAUAAAUAUAUUUUUAGAGAUCUGAUUAAAAAA